AUGUCGAAGCUCUUCUCGCCCUUGGCCGUCGGGUCGGUUCACCUCUCCAACAGGUUGGCGUUGGCCCCGUUGACUCGGUACCGCGCCGAUGACGAGUGGACGCCGACUCCGAUGAUGAAGGAGUACUACGCGCAGAGAGCCUGCGUGCCUGGCACCCUGCUCGUAUCGGAAGCAACAAUCAUCUCGUAUCGCGCCGUAAGCCGCUUCAACGUACCCGGAAUCUGGACCGACGCCCACAUCGCCGGCUGGAAACAAGUGACGGAUGCCGUCCACGAAAAGGGCUCCUUCAUCUACUGCCAACUGUGGCAUCUCGGCCGCGGUGGCAAGAUGGACGUGCUCCAGUCGCUCGGCCUGAAGCUCGAGUCAUCGAGCGCGGUGCCUAUCGCCGACGACACACCCACGCCGGUGGAGCUGAGCGAGGCCGAUAUCCUGGAUAUCAUCGAGGACUACGCGACGGCCGCGCGUAACGCCAUCGAGGCCGGCUUUGACGGCGUCGAGAUUCACGGCGCCAACGGGUACCUCCCGGACCAGUUCCUCCAGGACAACUGCAACAAGCGGACCGACGCCUGGGGCGGCAGUAUCGAGAAGCGGGCGCGGUUCCACCUCGAGGUGACCAAGGCCGUCAUCAACGCCGUCGGGGCUCACAGGACGGCUGUGCGCCUGAGUCCGUACAGCGACUUCCAAGGGAUGCUAAUGGACGAUCCGGACCCCACCUUCAGAUAUCUGGUCGAGCAGUUGAAGCCUCUGGGCCUGGCCUAUCUUCACCUGAUCGAGGCCCGGAUCAGUGGCAACGAAGACACGGACUGCGGCGGACAACGGACGGUGAAGUGGCUGGUCGAGCUGUGGAACAACGCGAGCCCGGUAUCGAUCGCUGGCGGCUUGACUGCCGAGUCGGCACGGAAAGCCGUUGAAGAGACGUAUAAACAGUAUGAUGUGAUCCUCGCCUUCGGCCGCUGUUUCAUUCCGAACCCGGAUCUUGUCUUCCGCAUCAGGGAAGGCAUCGAGCUGGAAAAGUACGAUCGAACGUAUUUUUACACACCAAAACUCCCUACUGGAUAUAUCGACUACCCGUUCUCUCCCCAGUUCAAGUCGGCGUCGAGCAUCUCAUAG